CAAACGUGAUUGCGCAACCAUUCCAACGACUCACGUUUGAGCGACUGCAAAAACGCGUAUCGUUUCUUGUGUUUUCUUUGCAGGGCAGAGUGCAAGAUUUCAACUCCUCCGUUGUGAAAGAAGCUUUUGUGACUCAUUCGGUCCCCACCGGGGUCGCGCGGGAGCACUCCCUCAUUCUCCUCCGAGCAUGUGCGGAGCAAGUUUUGCGUGCGGCGCGCAGCUCCACCUCAGCGGGACAAAGGAUUUUCUUUUUCUUUCCUUUGGGUCUCGGAGCGCGUGAGUCGCAGGUGUGUUCCACCCGCAGCUUUGUUCGGGUGUCUCCCCUCCGAGCGCGCACUCCUCCUCCCCGAACAUGUCUUGGGUUCUCUACACCGGCAUGGAGGUGCUGAUCGCCGUCUCGUCGGUCGUCGGCAACGUGAUGGUGGUUUGGGCCGUGCGCAUCAAGCGCUCGCUACGGGACACCACGUUUUGUUUCAUCGUCUCACUGGCCUUGGCUGACAUUGCGGUCGGGGCUCUCGUCAUCCCCCUCGCCAUCACCAUCAGCAUCGGACUCGAGACUCACUUCUACAGCUGUCUGCUGGUCGCCUGCACCGUGCUCGUCCUCACGCAAAGUUCCAUCCUGGCCCUGCUGGCCAUCGCCAUCGACCGCUACCUGAGGGUCAAAAUACCCAUGAGCUACAAGCGAGUGGUGACCCCUCAGCGAGCCGGCUCGGCCGUGUUGCUGUGUUGGCUGGUGUCCAUCUUAGUGGGCCUCACACCUAUGUUUGGAUGGAAUAACUUACAACGUCUGCAUGACAAUGGCUCCCUUGUCAGCGACGACCUCGUGGUGGAGUGCCGCUUUGAGACAGUCAUCAGCAUGGAUUACAUGGUCUACUUCAACUUCUUUGGCUGGGUGUUGCCCCCUCUAGUCAUCAUGCUCAUCAUCUAUGUGGAGAUUUUCUACGUGAUUCAUAAACAGCUCAAUAAGAAGGUGACAGUGAGCCAUGCAGACCCCAGUCAUUAUUUCGGCAAGGAGCUCAAGCUUGCCAAGUCCUUGGCUCUUGUUCUUUUACUUUUCGCUGUUAGCUGGCUUCCCCUUCACAUCCUUAAUUGCAUCACACUCUUUUGCCCCAAGUGUGACAAACCACCAAGCCUCAUUUUCAUCGCCAUCCUCCUAACCCACGGCAACUCUGCUGUCAAUCCCAUCGUAUAUGCUUUCCGCAUUAAGAAAUUCCGCACAGCCUUCUGGAAAAUUUGGAAUCAGUACGUCCUUUGUCGGGAUCCAGUUGGUCAGCUUCCUCAGAGAGGGAGUCAGAGAAUACAGAAUACUGCGAGGAGGCUGAGGCACAACGACGACGAUGACGACGAUGAUGAUGUGUGACCCUUGGCAACAGACAAUUACCAUGUCUCAUUUCUCAAUCCAGUGUUUUGCACAGUAAUAUCCAGGAUUUGGUCUUAUUUUUUCAAAUGUCUAGGGAUAACAAAAUGACCUUAUUUAAAGGACGGCAGAUGGAUGAAAACUACUGUGGAUCUAUUCCAUCCAAAACGCUCCAUAUGAGGAUAAAUUGACAAAUCAGACUGACUCAGAUGGGAAUGUUUUUGUUUAUGUCUCGACAAGCACCACAAUUUGGUGAUGUCAUAUGGGAUACGGGGCUUACCAUCAAUGUGAAUGACUGUGUAAAGAUAUUUUGAUGAACAUGAAGUAUGAUAAUACAGUAUUGUACACUCUUUUUAGUUAGUAUACUGGUGAGCUGUAUUUAUGAACUUGAACUGCAGGAAUGUGGCACUGGCUUCAUAUAAGCAUCCAUCCAUUUCCUGUACUGCUUAUCCUCACUAGGGUCGUGGGGGCUUCAGAUAAGUAAUUGAGCAAAUUUAUGACAGUCGAGUAGGUGCUUUGCGAAAUUGAGAGAGACAAGGAUGAAUGAAAAAUGCAAAAAAUGAAUGGUAAAUGAUGCAAAAGAUGUGCUCAGGGGAGAAUGACCCAAUUACCUAUCAUUUACAUACAGUACGUCAAUGCUUUUACAGGUGUGUUAUGCAUGAGCACAUGAAGUUGAUUUGAUUAUCUUUUAUGUUGUUGAGACACAAAACACUAUCCUUGUCGCCCAAGCCUGAAACUUCAAUUUAAGUAUACUACAACGGUAUCUCUAUUGCUGUGAGAAAUACCAUGUCGCUGUCUCCUAAAAAAAUAACUUAAGAUUUUAGGAGACCACUUUGUGGCUGGACUCAUCUCAAUAAGUGUGAAUUUGUGAAAGUAAGGGUGAUGGAAGUAUACACAGCUGAGCCCAAUGUGAUUCAUAUCCUGGCCUAAUUAGGAGUUAAAGUAAACUUCUGUUUUUUUGAAUGGGUAUCAUCCAGUUGAAAAAAACAACAAGAAAUUGAACAAAAACUGUAAGAACUUGUGUUUGACAAUAGUUUGAAAAUAAUUCAUAUCCUUGACACUUCUGAGGAAAUACAAUAUUUUGGACCAUUCUAAAGGAUCCUGGUUACUGGAUAAUCUAGAGCCGAAUAAUCAUCUAUACAUUGAGAACGUCAGAUACCUUUAUUGAGAGUAAAUACGAAUAAUUUUGUAAUGUACAAUUAAAAAAAGAUUAAUUACAGCGUCUUACAGUUGUUUGCCACUUGUGUCAUUUCCAGCUAAAGGAUACCCAUUCACUGAAUAUAAAUUCACUUUAAAUCAAUAUUGGGCCACAGUAUGAAUAAUUUUUAGUGUAACUGUGUAUUAUUGUAUUUGAAAAUUAUAUAUUUGUGGAAACAGUGGUACAUAAUGAUAUCACUCAUUAUAUCAGGGGUGUCAAACAAAAUUUUGUCUCGGGCCGAAUUAUAAUUAUGAUUUACCUCAGAGGGCCGUAAGAACAGUGAAAUGUUUAAUCACCAAAUCAUAUUAUUACCAUUACACAACAAAUUGAGGGAUAAAUAGUUUUGAAAUCAGAAGGAUAAUAGUUUGUUUGAGUAUUGCUUAAGUUACGGUAGAAGAAGGGUUUGGUAACAGAAAAAUGCAAUAUCUCAACGUUAUUGUUUAUUAUUAUGACAAUUUUGAAUUUGGCUACAGAUUUGAGCAAAACGUUAACGAGCAUGAUUUGCUUUCGCGGGCCACAUAAAAUGAUGUGGCGGGCCGCAUCUGGCCUCCGGGCCUUGAGUUUGACACCUAUGCACUAUAUCAUCUAAUAAUAAAGCCUUUGUAAAAAUAUACCCUCCAAUAACACUUGCCUGGUACUCUGCAGUUGAGUAAAUAAACACACUUGGACACUA